UUUGCCGCCGCUUGUAUUUUCUUUGCAUCUGUCUUAAAAGAUUUUAGAAUUUUGUAUAAAUAAAUAAUUGCAUCCAUUAUUAAAACGAAAAAAUGGAAAGUUUAAGUUAUCGUGAAGUUAUUACAACAAAUUCCUGUCAAGAAGAAUGGCAUGAAAUUACUUUAAACACAGGUGGAACACACAGUACUUUGCAGGAUAUUAAAGUUGCGGAAAAAGCCGGUGGUUAUUGUUUUAAAAAUGUUACUUUGAACCACAAUCGUAAUCGCUACAUUUAUUGGCGUAUAUAUCAGGACAUUUUGGAAUUGUCUGAAAUAAGUUUGGAUUUUAAUCUGUAUCAAAAUAAUUUGCGUUACAAAUUCACCGAUUCACCCGUCAUAGCCGUUAACAUAAUUGAGCAGGGAAAAUAUAUUGUUUUAUUGGUUUGCACAGUUUGCAGUCUACAUCGUAUAUGUUUUCCUCAUCCGGACUCACUGGCUGAUGGAUCAUUUACAGGGAGUGUUGGCGCCAACACUGCUUCUGUGGAUUUUAAUGAUUCACAGACUUUUUCCAUAUUUAAAGAUGCCAAUGCAGCAGCUGCCCGUGAUCCAAGCAGUUUUUAUGUUAUUGAUACGUUGGGCUCGUCAAAUAGUCAUAUACCCCAUGCUGCUGCUAGUUUUCUAUCUACAAAUGGAGAAGAGGCUUAUUUUGCUUUAGCUUGUCAGAAUCAGUUGAUGUUGUACACCAUGAACUGUGCAACCGGACAUACGAUUGGUCAUCAAUUGAAGGAACACCAUAUUAUGCCCAGAUUAUUUUCUAAUAUAAAAGGAGCAUUAACAGGGAAAACUGAUACAUCCGAUGCUGACCAUGCUAAUUCAUUGGUAUUCACUUGUAUAAACAAUCAAAUUUUACUUUUGGCUCUAUACCGUAACGACUACUUGCGAGUUUGGUCCACUAUUAAUAUGCAAAUACUUUGUGCUAUUAACUGUGUACGAGAGGGCAGCGAGCAACGGAUGCAAGGACCUCAAAGUAAUUCAUUGCGCAAAAUUAAUGACGUCAGCUUUUGUGCAUUUCUCUCACAUUCAUCUGGCUCGGAGUUUGUAUGUCUUGACUUGCAAAUUGAUGCGGCCAAUAACAGUGGACUAAGUUUACAGCGACGUAAAAUAAUUUCUGCCCCUCAGUUGGAUUUAACAGAUUUUGAUGUUUGCGAUUCUAGAAUCUGGGCACUAUGGAGUAAUGCAGAGGGUGAAUUUAGUAUAUCAAGCUUUUCACUUGUCCGGGGAAUGGGUAUCAAUUGGGUUUCGGCUGCUAUGGAGCCACCACCAGAUCGUUAUUGUCUAGGUAUUGAGCAUGGUAUGGAUCCCAGAGAAGCGUAUUGUUCUUAUAUUUUUCACCCGGGAAAAUUCGAGCGCAGCGUUAUUGCAAAGGCUUUAUUUAUGUUCCGUAGAUCAAAUGUUCGUUUUGAAGGCAAACACUGUACUAUGACAUUAUUGAAGGAACAUGUCUGUCAAGCAAUAGAAGAUGAACUUCAAAAUGAAGUUAAAGAUUUUGAUGUUUCUGAUGAUGAUUAUUUAGAAAUAUCUACAAGAUUGUGGGAACGUUUUUAUUCCUGCUGUGAACAAUAUCACAUGAAGGCAUCCCAGCCCAGUGGAUUAUUAAUAUUGGAACCUUUGGAUGCUGUGUGUGUAGUAAAAAAGAAUACAUUUUCUCUGCUCAGACCUUGCGAAACUAUAGAACAUUUAAUGCUGGCUGGCGAGGAUGUUGAAGCAGACAUUGUAGUUCCUUUACAUUUUUCCGAUAAUGAACGUCAAGGCAGAGAUUUGGUAAACCUGGUAGAAAUCAUAGCCCAAAUCGAAAAAUGGCUGCCAGAAGAUGUAAAAAUUGACAUUGAUAGGAAAUUGUAUCAAUUAGAGAUGCCGAAUGUAGUUAUAGAAAAACUAACUGAAGAUCUAUUGGCGGGAGAUACUGAAAAAGAACUUUUACCUUCAAAUUUCUUGGUGGCCAUUAGACAAAAAAUGCAGUCGAUUAAAGAUUUGCGCACCGCGAUGUCGAUGUUACUGGAUAUUUUGCGCAUGGACAAUGGUAAUCCAGAAACCAUGCACACAAAUUUUAAUAAUUUAAACCACACCACCAGAAUGUUUAUGUCCUUGGGUUCUCUUUUCGGCAGUCAGGUUGGUUUAUCCCUAUUAGCCGAAACCGUACGACAGAAUGCUUUGAUACGUUUUGCCAUUUGUCGCAACCUCUUGCUGCUGCAACAAAUUUUAAUCGAUACUCAUUCCUUGCCUGUCGAUAUUUUAGAAUGCUUGCGGUCCCAGUUUAUGCCUGACGUUCUAAUAUUUCUACAAUCUUACUAUGUUAUGAUAUGGAUAUCAGAAACACCCGUCAAUAUUAAUACAGCUUCAGCUAUGGAAACGUCCAUGCAAAGACUUAAUCUUUUACAACUAACAUCUGGUUCCGGACGAAUUUAUUCGAAUGGCGGCAAAUGUAGCUCUGCACCUUUGCUGCAAGUUUUCCUCAAUGCCAAGGGCCUGUAUACGGCUCUGGCUUUGUACGCAGACAAUUUCAAGGAUCUCGAUAACGUCACUUGGCAACAAACUCUAAUGCCCUUGUCAACUAUAGUCAGUCAACUCAUUUGGGCUGUUUCGUUUAAUUUCGUAUUUGGUGAAUGGCUCUUCAGCACUUGCCAACACAUCAUCAUAGCAGAUUAUGUGCGUCUUCUCAACAGCUGGUGUGAAUGGAAUAUAUGCUCCAGACAAUUCAUUUUGGCGGUAACAUUACUCGAUAGUGGCGAAUCCCACAAGGCUUAUGAUUUAUUCAUACAAUCGGCGAAGGGGGUUGUUAAAGAACAAUUUCUUGCUGAGAAAGUGCUAAAAAACACUCCAUACGCUUCUUUAGUGGAAAACCUUUCGGACAUUGAAACUGAUAAAUUUCAGUUAAAAGUCACGAAUCAGUGCAUUGCUCAAUACUAUCUAAAAGUUAUACAACUUUUCGAACAACACAAUGCUUUGGAUCACAUUAUAUCAAUGGCUCAGGUUGCCAUUGGAUUGUUGGAUAAAAAUGACCCGCAACUACCCAUGUUUCAGUCGAUCGUGUUCAAUAAUCACCUAAAAUUGGAACAUUAUGAGGAAGCUUAUCAUUCAUUAAUUUACAAUGCGGAAUUGUCACGUCGUAAGGAUUGUUUGCAUCAAUUGGUAUUUACGUUGUUUAAUCGUAAACGAUACGAUUUAUUAAUGCAUUUUCCUUAUGUGGGUCUGUAUGAAGAAUUUGAAAAUAUUGUUGAGUCCAGAGCUAGAUCACAAUCUAUGGAAAAAAAUGAAAUUUAUGAUUUCCUAUACGCCUUUCAUGUCAACAACGGCAACAUGAGGAAAGCUUCUGCUAUUAUGUAUGAACAGUCAAUGCGUUAUCAACUUGAAGGCGAUUCCUUAGAAUCACUUAACAAACGAUUCUCAUCGCUUCUAGUCUGUUUGAAUUGUUUACACUUAAUUGAUGAACGUUAUCGCUGGAUUGCUAAGCCUGUUAUAGGCGAUGAAUACGACACAAGUAAUAGUUCUAAAGAUGGUAUGAACGACGACGACGAUGACGACAAGCGAAGUGAUGAUCAAACAUCAAUCGCAAAACCCCAAGUUGUAGUCCUCGAAAUUAAACACAUUAAGAAGGAAAUGUUACAUACAGAGGCGCUUAUAAAGCUAGCAGAGCACCGCAAAGAUAUACAUUCAUUCCUUAAUGCCGGACCUCAAGAACUAUCAAUGAUUUUAGCCAGUUGCGGUUUAUUUACUGCUGCCCUAAAAUUAGCCAAGGGAUUUACUGUUAGUGUAUUGCCCAUAUUCGAUUGUUUAGCUGCCGCAUGUGUACGUACGGCUGAUGAAAAUCCCUCAGAUGCUUGGGAUUGGUUACAAGAAAACGAUUUGGCGGACUUGCCACAUCGUAAUAAAGCAUCAGAUAUGGCUUGGUCUCUGCUACGCAAGCUAGUAGAAGAUAAUGAGGAGGAAUCAUCGACACAAAUACGUAAAUCGGUUGUGAACAAACUAUUAAGUUUGCAAGCCUUUGUACCACAAUGGCUAUACAACAAUUAUAAAUUGUCUAACUGUUCAGAGCUUUUACAUUUGUUUGUCAGACAUAAUCGCCUGUUAGAAGCUGCAGAAUUGGCACAAGAAAUGCUUUCGGCCAUGCUGGGUGCGGGCAGUGAAUAUUUUAGUUUUAAACAUUCGAUUGCUGUAACAAAUCCAGAAUUGUCUCUUCCACUAAAUUCGAUAGAUUUACUCUUAUACGGAUUAAAACUAAAUGGCGAAGACAUAGAAUAUCGCCAGGCUCAUGCUGAACUCGAGGAUAAACUACACAAAUACAUAGAGACUGCUACGCGCACAGCUCAGGAUAAAAUAGAGAUGUCUUUUCAAGUAAAUCGAGAACGCCAGCAGCACCCGUGGAAAUCUUAAAUAGUAGAAUAGAACUAACUGUAAAAUCAAUACUUUAAGAUUUAUGUUUUUGUUUCAUUACCUGUCUUUUAAACUACAUAGAUAUUAAGAUUUUUUCAAUAAAUUACAAAUUUGUAAAAUAUA